AUGCACAUCCUCCUCACCAACGAUGACGGCCCUCCGUCCCCUCACUCCUCCCCCUACGUCCACUCCCUCGUCCACUACCUCCAAAAGGCCGGCCACGUCGUCUCGGUCUGCCUCCCGCACACCCAACGCUCCUGGAUCGGCAAGGCGCACAUGAUCGGCCAGACCGUCAAGCCCCUCUACUAUCGUCCCUCCCCCGACGGCCUCCACGGCACCGAGGGCACCACUUCGACCCGGCCCUCCGCCGCCGCCGGCGAGGAGGAGUGGGUCCUCGUGGACGGCACCCCGGCCUCCUGCGUCCAGAUCGCCCUGCACCACUUCUUCAAGGAACGCGGACCCAUCGACCUCGUCGUCAGCGGGCCCAACUACGGCCGCAACACGACGGCCGUGUUCGCGCUGAGCUCCGGCACCCUCGGCGGCGCUCUCGAGGCCGCCGUUUGCAAGCGCAAGUCCAUUGCGCUCAGCUACGCCUUCUUCUCGAGGAACCACGACCCCGUCAUCAUCGAGGGCGCCGCGAGGCACUCGGUGCGUGUGAUUGAGAAGCUGUAUCAGCAAUGGCCCGCUGGCGACGAGGUUGAUCUGUACACCGUCAACGUGCCGCUCGUGGAGGGCGUGGAGACACACAAGACCAUGUUCACGGGCGUGUUGCAGAACUACUGGCGUCAGGGCAGCUGCUUCCAGGAGAUCGAGGGAGAUGUCGGAGAUGAGGAUGAGGAGGAGGAGAAGAUCCGCGAGGGCGACUUCGGCGAGGCUCUUGGCGGAGACGAGGAACCGGCUGAAAAGAAGGAGAGCGGUGAGAAGGCAUCCGCGUCUCGGACCAGGCACUUCAAGUGGGCACCCAAGUUCACGGAUGUGUACCAAAGUGUCGAGGAAGCGCCCCCGGGUAACGACGGUUGGGCUGUCAAGGAGGGUUACACGAGUGUGACGCCCCUGAAGGCCAAUUUCUGGCACCCCUCCGAGCACCUGCACAAGACGGAGCUGAUUCUUGACGGUCCUGGGGAGAAGGACAAGCAGCAAGUUGAGCUCCCCGUAAGAACAACGUCGUCAAAAUCAUCCUCGAAGCCGGGCUUCCACGCCAUCAUCAACUACGAGGAUCCGUACGUCCAGCCUCUCAUCCUCGAGGCAAUGAACCGCCUCUUCCCCGGAAAGUUCACCCUCCUCCCGCCGCCGCAACCGAACACGACAACCGACGACGCACCCGCCCUCGCCGCGGCGCUCCCCGCGCCAGACGCCCGCGUCCUACACAUCGCCCCCUACGAGUCCCUCGACUUCGACCACGUCGGCGAGCACCCCUCUACGACCCUCGUCAACAGCUACAUCAUCCGCAAGGCGCUCAUCCGCAAGCACUACCUCUCGGCGACGGUCGACCACUGGGUUGCCAAGCACCCGGACUCGGCGCUCAAGACGCACGUCCAGCGCGGCGAGCACUUCGAGGUCGACUACGCCGAGUUCCUCGACGACGCGCUCGUCGAGGCGUUCGACCUGCGCGAGAGCAUGGACCGCAACGAGGCCGUCGAGAACGCCAAGGACAGGGAGUGGUGGAUCCUCAAGCCCGGCAUGAGCGACCGCGGGCAGGGCAUCCGGCUGUUCAGCACGAUGGAGGAGUUGCAGGGCGUCUUUGACGAGUGGGAGGAGGAGAGGCCCGACAGCGACGACGAGGACGAUGACGAGAACGAGAACGACGGACAGCAGGGGGUCACUACUGGUGGUGGGGACUACAUCACGACAUCGCACUUGCGGCACUUCGUCGUGCAGCCGUACAUCCACCCUCCCCUCCUCCUCCCCGGCGACGCGAGGAAGUUCCACAUCCGCACCUACGUCCUCUGCGUCGGCAGCCUCGACGUAUACGUCUACAAGCCCAUGCUGGCGCUCUUCGCGGGCAAGGCGUACAAGGCGCCGUGGGAGGACGCGGACCUCGACGCGCACCUGACCAACACGUGCCUGCAGGGAGGAGGAGAGUCUGCCUUGCCACCCGUGAAGCAGUUUUGGGACCUUGUUGGGAACGCCCAGGAGGGGGCCGGCGGGCUGUCCCGGGACGCGGCGGACGGCAUCUUUGCGCGGAUCUGCGAGGUGACCGGAGACAUCUUCGAGGCGGCGGCGAGGGAGAUGACGAUCCACUUCCAGCCGUUGGGGAACGCGUUUGAGGUGUUCGGGCUGGACUUCCUCGUGGACGAGGAGGCCAGGCCGUGGCUGCUCGAGGUCAACUCGUUCCCGGACUUCAAGCAGACGGGAGGGGACCUCAAGGACGUGGUGGCCGGGUUCUGGGAGGAGACGCUGAGGCGGUCUGUCGGCGGGUUCUUCGGCGUCGACGCCGAGGAGGGGGAGAGGAAGGGGGAGAUGGUCCACGUUCGAAAGGUUGAGCUCGGCAGACGUCCAACUAUCACAAUCGACACUUCAGAAGCUGGCGUCGCACCGAAUCCUGCUCCUGAAAUGGCCCAGGAUACUCAGAGAGACGCGUCCAGUUCGCCUAUUUCCCCCAAGGAUGAAGCAGUCAGCCCGACUACCGUCCCCAAGGGCGCAAACGCACCAUGGGCAGCGCCUUCUGAAAAGCCCAUGAAACCGAAGCUUCGCGCCGACACAUCUUUUGAUGCCAGCGACAGCAGGCCACAAAGCCCCCAUAACGUAUCGAGUCCCGUCGAGACCAUCAGAGGAAACAACCGUGCCUUCCUCGCUGUACCCAGUAACCUGAGGUCACGACAAAAUUCCAUCGACUCCAACGACGAAAUUUCUUCCCAAGGAGAGACCAUCGCCGUCUUGAGCCAGUCGACAGAAAAGACGAUGAAGAACCACAGCCCAGUAUCAAAUGACAAAAUCAUGAAGGACGAUAAUGCCCUUGCGCCAGACAAGGGUAGCGAGGACGACUUCAAGGCAGAGAACAACCCAUUUGCUUUUACACCAGGUCAACUCAACAAGCUCUUCAACCCCAAGAGCCUUUCCGCUUACUACGCUCUGGGUGGUCUGAUUGGAAUCGAAAAGGGUCUGCGGAGUGACCGCAAGGCGGGCUUGAGUCAGGAUGAGGUUCACCUCGAUGGAUACGUUUCUUUCAGCGACGCGACAGGGCACCUCAGCGCAUCUGGAGACUUCAAGGAGGCCAAGUCAGAACCGACAGCUGGCCACUCUGGCCAUCACGAUAAGCAUGCCGACGAUGGAUUUGUCGACCGCAAACGUGUUUUCAAGGACAACCGAAUUCCCGAGAAGAAGGGCAAGACUCUUCUUGAGCUGAUGUGGAUCACGUAUCAAGACAAGGUGCUCAUUCUUCUUACCGCCGCCGCCAUCGUUUCACUCGCCAUCGGCAUCUACCAAACAGUAGGCCUGCCUCACGCACCCGGUGAGCCCAAAGUCGAGUGGGUCGAGGGAGUGGCCAUUGUGGUGGCUAUUGCCAUUGUCGUCAUCGUCGGAUCUCUCAACGAUUACAGCAAGGAGAGGCAAUUCGCCAAGUUGAACCAGAAGAAGAAGGACCGUGAUAUCAAGGUUGUCCGCUCAGGUAGGACGGUUGAAAUUUCCGUCCACAACCUCCUGGCCGGUGACGUCGUUCACCUUGAGCCCGGUGAUCUUGUGCCUGUUGACGGAAUUCUCAUUGAAGGGUUCAACGUCAAGUGCGACGAGUCUCAGGCGACCGGCGAAUCCGACAUCAUCAAGAAGCGAAACGGCGACGAUGUCUUCAACGCUAUUCAGAACGGCGAGGACCCCAAGAAAUUGGACCCCUUCAUUCAAUCUGGCGCUAGGAUCAUGGAAGGUGUCGGUACCUUCAUGGUUACCUCGACCGGUAUUCACUCAUCCUACGGAAAGACGCUGAUGGCUCUGGACGAAGACCCCGAGGUCACCCCCCUGCAGUCGAAGCUCAACACCAUCGCCGAGUACAUCGCCAAGCUUGGAGGUGCCGCCGGUCUGUUGCUCUUCAUCGUCCUUUUCAUCGAGUUUCUGGUCAAGCUUCCCAAGCAACCCGCUUCCGUCACCCCUGCCGAGAAGGGUCAGCUCUUCAUCAACAUCGUUAUUACUGUCGUCACCAUUAUCGUCGUGGCUGUUCCGGAAGGUCUUCCCCUCGCUGUCACCCUCGCUCUGUCUUUCGCCACCAGACGCAUGCUCAAGGACAUGAACCUCGUCAGACAUUUGAAGGCUUGCGAGGUCAUGGGCAAUGCCAACACUAUUUGCUCCGACAAGACGGGUACUUUGACGCAGAAUAAGAUGCAGGUUGUUGCUGGCACUGUUGGUACCAGCCAUCGCUUUGGAGGAUCGCGAUCUUCUGAGGACGACGAUGGUGCUGUCGGCGACUCAUCUGACAUCUCGAUCGCCGAAUUCUCCAAGAUGCUGAGCGCUCCGGUCAAGGACAUUCUCCUCAAGUCUAUUGCUCUCAACUCCACUGCAUUCGAAGGCGAAGUCGAUGGCGAGAAGACAUACGUCGGAUCCAAGACGGAGAGUGCGCUGCUUCUCCUGGCCCGCGACUAUCUCGGCAUGGGUCCUGUUGCUGAGGAACGUGAGAACGCCAAGAUCCUCCAGCUCAUUCCUUUCGAUUCUGGACGCAAAUGCAUGGGCAUCAUUGUUCAGCUGCCGAAUGGAGGUGCCAGACUCUACGUCAAGGGUGCCUCCGAAAUCGUGCUCGCCAAGUGCACCCAGCUUUUCCGAGACCCUUCUCAAGACGCCACCUUGAUUCAAAUGACCGAGCCCAACUUCCAGACUGUCAACACCCUCAUUAACGCCUACGCUUCUCGUUCCCUUCGCACCAUCGGUAUCGCCUACAGAGACUUCGAGCAAUGGCCUCCUCGCCAUGCCCGCCGCGUUGACGGAGACAAGACAGAAAUCGAAUUCGAAGAUUUAUUCCGCACUAUGAACUUCGUCGGCAUGGUCGGUAUUCAGGACCCUCUUCGUGAGGGAGUCCCCGAAGCCGUCAGACUUUGCCAGAAGGCCGGCGUCUUCGUCCGUAUGGUCACUGGAGACAACAAGCUGACGGCCGAGGCGAUCGCCAAGGAGUGCGGCAUCCUGCAACCCAACGGUAUCGUUAUGGAAGGCCCCGAAUUCCGCAACUUAACCAAGGCUGAACAGGAGGCUAUCAUCCCUCGUCUUUGCGUUCUUGCCCGGUCCAGUCCUGAGGAUAAGCGUGUUUUGGUCAAGCGCCUCAAGGCCAAGGGUGACAUUGUUGCAGUUACCGGUGACGGCACCAACGAUGCCCCUGCGCUGAAGACUGCCGACGUCGGCUUCUCCAUGGGUAUUGCCGGUACCGAAGUCGCGAAGGAGGCCUCGUCCAUUAUCUUGAUGGAUGACAACUUCAACUCGAUCGUCAAGGCUUUGAAGUGGGGUCGUUCUGUUAACGAUGCUGUCAAGCGUUUCCUCCAGUUUCAGCUUACCGUCAACAUCACUGCCGUUAUUCUCACCUUUGUUACUGCUGUCAGCAGCACUUCUGUCCUUACAGCCGUCCAACUGCUCUGGGUUAACCUCAUCAUGGACACCCUGGCAGCACUCGCUUUGGCUACGGACCCCCCUCAGGACAGUGUGUUGGACAGGAAGCCCGAGAGACGCAACGCCUCCAUCAUUACCACCACCAUGUGGAAGAUGAUUCUCGGACAAGCUGUCUACCAGCUCGCCAUCACGUUUAUGUGCUUCUACGGCAAGGAAUCCAUUGUGCCCGGUCCUGAGCACAUCCCUGAUGAACAGAUCGCAACGAUGGUCUUCAACACCUUCGUGUGGAUGCAGAUCUUUAAUCAGUGGAACAACCGCCGUUUGGACAACCACUUCAACAUUUUCGAGGGACUCACCAAGAACUACUUCUUUAUCGCCAUCAGCACCAUCAUGAUUGGCGGUCAAGUUCUCAUCGUUUUCUUUGGAGGUGCGGCUUUCCAAAUCGCAGAUGAGGGUCAGAGCGCCAUCCAGUGGGCUAUGGCCGUCAUUCUUGGUGCCAUCUCCAUCCCCUUCGGCGUCGUCAUCCGUCUCAUCCCCGACUCUUUUGUCGAGGGACUUGUUCCCGAAUACCUUAAGCGACGUGCCAAGGAUACUGUCCCUGGACUUACGGUUUCGGAUGAGGAGCAAUUCGAGAUGUACCCGGCACCUUUGUCCGACGUCCGAGACGAACUGGCUUUCAUCAAGCGCAUGAAGGGAGGACGCCUGAACAACCUCAAGUUCGCGGUUCAGCACCCGCGCGAAACAUUCGCCCGCUCGCGCAGCCCAUCACACUCGCGCAGCAACUCUAUUAAGGCUCCUUCCACCCCUACUCGGGAGGACAGCUUCGGCUCGCUGGCUCAGACCCCGGAUUCACGGAAGAGGUCCCGCAGCUCGCGCAGCCGCUCUAAUUCCGCACUUGGUGCCCCCACCGUCAUGGCGGGCAUCGUGGCCGCUGGUAUUGCGGCCAACUGGUCACCCGCGGAUCGUCGACCCCGCCGGGAAAGCGACGAAGACGACAACGUCAGGAGAGGAGUCUCCAGAGAGAACUCUAUCCGGGAGGAACGGGAAGAGCCUACGAACGAAAAGGCCGGCGAUGAAAAGAACGGCGCGGAAUGA